AUGCCUGCAGCGUUCGUCAUCAUAGAAGCCAUCACUGAGAAACCCAUCGCGGAAACUUGGGUGACCGUAGUGACGGGAGCUGGAGGCGAUCUCAAGGAUGCUGGUGGCGUUUUCCCCGAUGUUGCCAUUUGGGACGAUAAUGACAAGAGAAUCGGGCGAUACCGCACCAAGCUAGGUGACAAGAUAGCCCAGAGCAGUGAGCGGACCGUCAAGAUACCGAACAAUGAGAAUGACGGAACCAUAUCUGAUCCUCAAUACAUCAUGUUGAGCCACGGUACCGAUGCGACCUGCAUCGCCAUGGUCCAAGUUUCCAAUGGCCGGCUUGGCGCGACGGUCUACGGCGAUACUGGAUACAUAUGCGGCCAAGCCUGGUACCACAGCCAGAAGAAGUUCAAAGGAGACAAUCUCAUGUCCAACUUGGACGCCAGAGCCAUGAAUUUUCACCUCAGAGACAUGCUGCCUUCGCCUGACAAGUUGAACGCACCUCGUUACUCGUUCUGGAAGCACCUCAUCCUAGACGGAGUCGUACUAUUCUUCUACCCAGUUUUGAAGUACAACAAGGACUCUCUCAACCCGAAACCUGAGGGCACGAAUGAAGAUCCUAUCGACGCCCUCAAUCGGUUCAAGUACAAUGAUGGCGUGUUCGUUCAGCAAGGCGAAUCCGAAAAGGAGUAUCGAAGGAGAAGGAGAGCUCGUUCGACGCGCCCAAGCAAGAGACAAGGCUCAAAUAUGGAUCCUGAUCACCUGGACUUGAUCGAGAUACCGGUUCAGACUGCCCGGGAGAUUUGCGAACACCCCAACUCGGUCGGGUACGACAUUGUCUCGUUUGUGAACGGGAAAUGCUGCGAUCUGACAAAGAGGAGACUCUACGAUCUUUGUGCAGGAACCAUCAUGGUCAACUGUUUUGAAUGUCUUGUAGGGAGAAGGCAAGGCUUCGCCUCUGGGGCAAGCGCAAAGUCUUACAAGAAGAGGGCUUACUGGAAAUAA